AUGACUGCUCUCGCUAAAACUAGCCUCUUCGCCUUGGUCGCAGCUUUGACUGUUGCCCUCUUGGCCACUAUGACUAAAGCUCACUCUUGGGCUGACUGUGUCGACUGGAGAUUCAAUGACCCUAAGAAGCCUGGUUGGUCUAAUAGGGAUGGCAAAUGCUUUGCUUAUGCCCGCAAGUUCCCAUACAAGUCAGGAACCAAAUUCGGUGGCCGUGACUCUGACAAUAACCCUCACCGUCAAUACCGACAGGACCCCAAGGAUUUCACAUCCUGCUCUGAUGGCAAGAAGGGUCUCACGGUUGGUGCUGAUGAGUCUCGCCAGAACCCAGUCUCAAAGUCCUAUGGUGGCAAUUUCGGUCCAAUGGCUGUAGCCAAGGCUGGUGAUACCAUGUGUGUCCGCUGGCCCGGAAAGAGCCACAAUGGCAAGGAUCAGAGGGAAAGUGGCGUCUUUAUUAACAUGCCUCCUUCCAUCACCACCAAGGACCCUAAGCAAUCUGACUUGAUGAAGAUGACCAUUGCCCAUCUCUCCUUCAAGAACUGUAGCACCGUCAAGGAUGAACAAACUCCCUGUGGUGGAUGCUUCAAGAUACCAGCUAACCGUAAGCCCGGUACCUACACGAUCCAGUGGCGCUGGGAGCUUAAAAUCGACGAGUGGUACACCUCAUGCUGGGAUGUUAAGGUCAAGGCUGCCGGUGGUGCCAAGAAGAAGGACACUGUUGAAUCUUUGUCUGUUCCCACUGACAAUGCCGACAAUUCCAACUCCACCAUCUUCUCUGCCAUCUACUAA